UGCUACUACAUGGUUUUUUCGGUAGUAAAGGCCAAAAAAAUGUACUAGCUAGGACGCUGUAGCCAUUGUAUAAGGGGAGUUAGAAACGAAUCAGCCUCUCACUUUGUGUGUGUGUGCUCAUGCGACUGACCAUUGAUUCAGAGCAGGAGAGAGCAAGGGGCAAGACAGACCAGAUCGAUGGGUCUCUCAAGCGCUGUGAGUUGGUGGGAGGAGUGGCAGCUGCGUGUUCUUGUCCUCGGCAGCCAAUCUGUUCAGUGGCUCCUCUUCCUCUCCGCACCCCGUCGUAAGUCCGCCAUCUCCGCUUCCUUCCGAGUUUUGAUAUGGCUGGCGUACCUAGGGAGCGACGCUGUUGCGAUAUAUGCUCUCGCCGCCCUCUUCAAUCGCCACAAGAAGCAGGAGGGGAGCCUGGCAAAUGGUGAAAGCAUCCUGGAGGUCGUAUGGGCGCCUGUGCUCCUGAUGCACCUCGGAGGACAGGACUGCAUAACUGCGUACAGCAUGGAAGACAACGAGCUGUGGAGGCGGCAUGUCCUCACCGCUGUAUCGCAGAUCACGGUGUCCAUCUACGUGUUUUGCAAAUCAUGGCAAGGCGACGACAAGAAGUUGUUGCAGGCAGCGAUCAUGCUCUUCAUCCUUGGGGUCAUCAGAUGCAUAGAGAAGCCACUGGCUCUGAAGAGCGCUAGCAUUAAUAGCCUGGUCAGUGCGAAGACAUACAAGGACAAGAAGGGAAGCAGCGGCAGUAGUGAUACCAACUCGGUUAAAGAAUACGUGGACAAAGUAAUAGCUCUUUUCCAGGCUGAACAUCCUACCAAUGCACAAGGGGAAAGGUGAUGUUGAAGCCAACCAUCUUCUUGAUCAAGCACAGGGAGAAGGUGAUGUUGAGGCCAGCCUGCAUCUUCCUGAUCAAGCAGAAGGAGAAGAUGAUGUUGAGGCCAACCAUCUUCCUGAUCAAGCGGAUGGCGAAGUUGAUGUUGAGGCCAACCGUCUUCCUGAUCAAUCACAGGGAGAAGCUGAUGAAACGAAUUACGAGAGCUCCCCUGUUUUACAGGAACAAGGUAGGGACCAGGUCAAUAAACUUUUUGUGGACCUAGCAUCUAAGUAUCAUGAACGGCUUGACGUCACAAAAGCCUUCUUGGUGCUAGAUGAUAAAAAUGUGUAUGCUUGUUUGCAAGAAAGGCUAUCCUACAUGUUCGAUCUUCUCUACACGAAAGCAAGGAUUGUACCUAUUACAGAUAUUAGUAGAGGAGGCGACGAGGAUUUUACCAUCAUGUGGUUUUGGUUUUUUGCUGCAUGCUUCCGGUUUGCAAGUUCAGUCCUGCCAUUCGCAGCCAUUGGUCUGUUCCACAGGAGUCACCGAGAAGCUUAUAAUGAUAACGACGUUAAGGUUACAUAUACAUUGUUGUGCUGUACUGCCGUGCUGGAAUACUUCUCAUUUGGGAAUGCUGAGAGAAUGUUUGGUUCGACAUUGUGUGGCCUGGUUUCCCAAUAUAGCUUUGUGGGAUUCUUUGCCCGUAACGAGAAGUACACCACGAGGAUGUCCAUCCUGAGUUGCCUCAAAUGCAAGGACUAUGUUAACCGACAUUGGUGCAUGCAGCCCAGCAACUCAUCCUCCAGAAUUACAAUUUUGGUUCUUGGACAUGUGAAGCGUUGGUGGAAGCAACACAUACGAAAUGCUGACGACUACACGAGGUUCAACAAUCACA